AAUUGACAUCUCAAUAGUGAAAUUACAUCAAAUAUCAAAUUAAAAAUUGUAAUAUUUAUACUUUUUCAAUUGCAUAUUUAAUAUUACAAGGAGUAUUAUACUAUUGCUAUAAUUUAAACUAUGAUAUCUUCACAAGAAGAGAUGGAAAAUUCCAUUACCUGCAUAGAAAAUCUCUUCAGGAACAAAUCCCUGGAAGAAGAAAAUUAUUCGCUCUUGUCUGAUUUUAAAGGUUUUCUAUCAGAUGAAUUAACAUUUCAAGCAAAAAAUGAAGAAACAUUAAAAGAAAAUAUAAAUACUCUCCAAGCCAUGAACAACAAUGAUAUAAAAAAUAAAUAUAAAGAACUUCAAGAAAAAUUCCAGACCUCCCAGAAUUAUUUCAAUAAAAUUAAGAAGGAAAUGAGUGAUUUCGCGUAUAAAAGUAACGCCGAAAAAAAUAUACUACAAGCAAAAUAUGAACAGAAAAGACAGGAAAUAUCUUUGGAAUAUAAUAAUAGGAUCACAGCACUUUUAAAAGAUUUAGAAAAAAAUAAAAUAGCAAAUAUGAAUGCCGAAAAAAGCCUCAGAGAUGAAAUAUCUUUGGAAAAAGCCACAAAAAAUAUACGGUUAAAUAAUCUAAAAGUGGGUUUACAAAAGCAAAUUUUGGAACUCAAUAAUGUCUUGACCAAUGUAAGAAGUGAGCAUAAAGAUCUCUUAAAAGAACUCACAUCAUUAAAAGAAGAACAAAACACGAAUACUGCAGAUUAUAAAAAAAAUGCUGUGUUGGAGUUUAAUACACCCAAUACUGAAUUAAAUAGAAAUUAUAAUACACCAAUAUGUAAUCAAUAUUCUUAUCCAAAAACUUACACACCUGUUAUUCAACAUGAAGAUAAUGUAAUAAAUAUCCAAAGUACAGGCAAUAUUUCUAGUCACAGUAUCAAACCAUAUCAAAGUAAUAAUAAAAAUUAUGUAUCUAAUAACCCUUCGAAAAUGUAUACACCUAAGAACCAUGAUAGCAAUAUAUAUGACCUGUCAUGUGAUGGAGAUGGUGAAAAUGUCAAUAAAAAUGAUUCAAUUUCCAGCACUAACUCAUCCAAAAAUAAUAAAGAAAACAUUAUACAAAGAAAACCAGUUCUUUUUGGAAAUAACAAAGGUUCAAAACGAUUUUGUAACUUCAAAAAGUAACAAUAAAAGUGUGUUUAUUAUCCU